UCGGUUGUGCGCUGUGUGGAAUUAUUUUUCUUUUUUUUUUCUUUUCACAAUUUCUUCCGACACCUAAGACAUCGUUCGACGCCAUCGCCUUCACCCACAUACCACCAAUUUUGAUAUACAAUCAAGGAAAAAUUACUAUAUAUCAGGAAAGGCCGAUCUACAAGUAAAAGAAAAAGGACAAUAGAAAAAGAAAGCUGAAAAUAAAAGAAAAGGUUUCGAAGAGCAAAUUCAAUGGGCUGCACGGUUUUCGAAAAGACCAUCUUGACGAUGAGGUUGAUCGUCGCUCUCGUCUUUCUGUCAGGAGUAAACAGCGCAGAGGAAUCAGGAGGUCGUCAAGCUAAGUCUCUCUCCUACUUCACCGACUCUUACCUGGACGGACCUCCAGUCGUGUUGGACGGCGUCGCCGACGAGUACAGCGACUACUCGGACCAGCUGGCCUCAUACGCCGAUGGGAACGAACUCUCGAGCAGAGCUCGACCCGGCAGACCCAAGCCCGAUUCUCCCGUCUAUUACAUCCGCCUUCCACCCAGUCCGUACAUGCUCGUUCCAGGUCUGGGGUACGUGAGCCGUCCUCCGACCCUCAGGCCUCCGCCGGUCGUCCAGCCGAGACCGCCUUCCCAGUUCAUCAACCUGCCGCUGGAAUUCAUCUCCAACGGAAAACCGACCGGGGUGUACACCUUUCCUCAGGACUCUCCCGUCGUCAACCUCAACAAAGGGCCUUACCUCUACAACGGAAGGCCUUCGGACAUCUUCCUCCUGAGGAACACCUACAACGCCCUUUACGAAGACGCCUUGCAAAACUUUUAUCCCUGAAACGAAGAGAUGUAGAGAAGAAAUCGCAAUCAAACCCCAUUUGUAGAAAUAUUCUACACCCUCUUUUAAAAUUUUUGAUAUAAUUAAAAAAACGCGUGUAUAAUGUCAAAAAUGAAAUAAUAAUCGUAUUUCUAAAACUGUAUAAAUGAAAAAAAUGAGUCAGGAAAAUAUUACUUAUUCUAAAUCACACGCCAAAGCACUUUCUGCAUCGUUCCUGCCUAUUGAGAAAAACUCAACAACUAAAACAACCAUGUACAUCAAAAAUAAAAUAAUUUUAUCAUAAACUAAAUGAGAAACGCCUACUUUAAGCGGCAUAUUGAACAAAUUUUAUUCAAAAUUAACAUGCACUAGUCACUUUUUCAAUUAGAACUACGGCCACACAUCAAAGUGGAGGAAGUUCCUUCAAAAUGUCAAUUGCACUACACUCAAAUUUUAUUAACUUCCUAUAGAAAAAAGCCCAGAAGUUUGCUUCAUUUCAGAAAAAUACAAAUGAUCGAAAAAUAUAAUUUAUUAUUGACUUUGAAAAAAUUUGGUAAU